AUGGAAGAACCAGUUCACUCACACUGGAAAGCUUUGAAGAGAAUUCUUCGUUAUAUCCAAGGAACUGUGUCACUUGGAAUGUUUUACUCAAAAGCAGAAGAUUACAAGCUAACAGGUUACUCCGACAGCGAUUGGUGUGGAGAUAUAGACGAUCGAAAAAGUACAUCAGGAUAUGUAUUCUUUAUGGGAAACACUGCUUUCACAUGGCUCUCAAGGAAGCAACCAAUUGUAACACUGUCGACAUGCGAAGCAGAAUACGUGGCUGCAUCAUGGUGUGUAUGCCAUGCUAUAUGGCUUAGAAGAUUGUUAUGUGAGUUAGAGCAGAAGCAGGAAAAUGCAACCAUAGUGCAAGUCGACAACAAAUCAGCAAUCGAACUGGCGAAGAAUCCAGUGAAUCAUGAAAGAAGUAAACACAUCGACGUACGUUUUCAUUUCAUUCGAGAACAUGUGAAAAAUGGAAGCGUCGAACUGAAGCAUGUGGCAAGCAAGGAUCAAGCUGCAGAUAUUUUCACAAAACCAUUGUCGAAGGAGAUAUUCGACAGAGGCAAGAUAAUGCUGGGAUUAAUUGAUCGAAGGAGCAUUUAA